AAAGGUCACAAGAAGGGGAAGAGCUUGCAUAUAAACAAAAAUCUGGCAAAAGAUCGAAAUGAAGAUUGCACUGCUACUCAUCUUCCUAAUUUAUUUCAAGAGCGUGCAGGGGAUUGACGGAGAAGAUGAUGACGAUACGUGCACCUUAUCAUUUUCGCUCUGCAGCAAACUCGAUAAAAAUUUGAAAGACCUGGGCGUCGAGGCAGCCAGAGGACAUCAAGAAAUUUUGGCAAAGUUGGAUGGCGUUCAAUUGCACGACAAUCAACCCUCGAAUGUGCAGUGUGACAGUGCAGCCAUUAAAAGCGAAAUAUCCAGGUUUCUACAAAGCAGUUUCGAAAGGUUUGAGCGGAAUGUUUUGAGCGAGUUGCGAAGGGAAGUGGAAGAAGCCGCAGCGUCGCAGGUGCAAAGUGUGUCGCGGCGUUUGGCGGAUUUGGAGAGGACCGUCAGGGAAAUCAAAUCGAAUAAACCCGUGCAGAUAGCAAAAGAGCCUGCAGUAGACGAAUACUGCGUUAAAGCGGGAAAAAUUGGUCUGUUGAAUGUGAAUGGGAAGAAAACCUAUAUAAGCCAAAAUCCCGAAACCUGGCAAGACGCGAAAACCAAGUGUGAGUCAAGCGGAAUGACUUUAGCGGUGACCACAACCCUAGCCCAAAUGGAAGCAUUGUGGAAGGCUUUUCAAGCAUCUUCCAAGCCAGAAGGAUUUGGAAUCUGGGUGGCGGCGUCGAAUUUGGGCAAGACAGACCAGAAUGCUUAUUACUGGCCCGACGGCCGGUCUGUGGGCGCCAAUUUGUGGGGCAGCGGCCAGCCAAACAACGGACUGAACGCGUGCGGCAACUUGUACGGGCCCCGACUCUAUGACCUGCCCUGCAACAGCAAAGUUUAUUACGCUUGCCACCUUCUCAAGGACUGCAACUAAAAACUGAGAUCAAAUUUGUCGGUGAUCAAGACAUUGCACAAUUUUCAAGAAAAAUUAUUAUAAAUAUUUUCAAUAAACAUGAUAGAUUGAAAUAAAA